AUGCUUCUCCCGAAUUUUCUGGCAAUCAAAGCAUCCACUUGUAUCGUGGGAAUCAUCCCACCGGCUGAAUUAUGCCUUCCCAGUUCCGGCCUCAAAGAGUCAUCGGGUUGUACCACCAUGACCAACAAGCGCGAUGAAUGUGGAGGACAGGAUUCCAGAGAAUCAAGCUUGACUACUAUUGCGCUUAAGAAUACCUGUCCUCAAUCUAUGACUGUGGGAAUGAUGUCCAGUGAUGUCGGGAGUCUUACCUCUUCGAUAAUCAGUUCAAUGAAAAGGUCAGUUAAUGGUAUUCAAGCUCCGACGAAUUAUGCCAGCUCAACCAUGACAGCGCCUCACCUUCCUACCAUCACACAAACAUACGCGAUUUUGCGGCCGGUAGUCGCCUUUACCAAAGCUGUUUCCGCGCCGAUUAUGAAACAAGCCUGUCAGGAGACAUUGUUGCCGAUUGAUCUAACAUCCUACACCGGGAUCACUGGCCCUUCCGCUAUUCAGACGACAAGACUGGCUCCAUUGGAGCUCGGGAUUCUGCUAGCCGUUGUGACGUUUGUGGUAGCGAUGGUCGUGGCUGUCUUUGGAGCUGUGAAAUUCUUCCUGUGUCAGAAAGCGAUGGUGAACACAAAGGAUUUUGGGGACUGGAUCGGUAGUAGUCACUUUCACCGCCAGGGGAGCAUUGUUGCUAUUGACAUUGUUUAUCUUAAUAAUCAUUGUCAAUCAGAACGAGUAGCAAAAGAGAUCUCUGAUCUUCCUGUCACUUGA